GACACUGACGAUGCAUCCGACGGUGCUGCAGCAAGCGCGGCGGUCGCUGUGGCGAAUGGCUCGCUGGCAAUCCCAACUACCCGCGCGGGUACUGGCGCAUAGCCUUUUAACACAAUCUCUCAAUGCAUCUACUCACGCAGUCAGUGCCAAUAAUGACAUCCUCACCGACCCGCAACCGCAGCUCCAGGAGCGCAAAACUACUACCAGUAACAAGAGUUUUAACCUCAUGAACACACACUCUCUGGGGCGAGAUGCGGCGCAGACUAGCGGUUCUAGCUCUGCGGCUUGGAAGCGGUCGACCAAGAAGAACCGAUUCCGCCGGAAGAAGGGCAAGGGCAACAAGUGGUGGGCCGACAUGGAUCGCGUGUCUUUCCGCGUCCUACUGACUGAGGAAAUGGGCUCCAACAAGGUUUCGUCGGUAUUGCGCAAGUAUAUGAAUGAGUUCCCGAUUCUGAACAACAAUUGGUCGGACCAGGAGCUCGUCAUGAUCGUCUGCACGCUCAUUAAGAUGAAUCGCAGCGAGAUGGCGCUCGAGGUGCUGCGUAACCAGAUCAAGGAACCUGACCGCGAUCGUGUUAACCGCGUGGCAGCAGCGAGUGCCCGAAUGGGCAACGCACAAGUGGCUCUGGGCGUAUUAGAGAUCGCCAACCACUUCAACUUGGCGCCAGAUGUGAUUACUUUUACUAGUGCCAUUCACGCCUGUGCCCGCAGUGGCAAGUACGACGUGCCAAUGGCGCUGAAUCUGCUGAACGAGAUGAUUUCCGCUAACGUCCAGCCUAAUGCACGCACAUACGGCGCAAUGAUCCUGGCGUAUGCGCGGAUGGACCGCUGGGAGGAAAUCCUGGAGCUGGUGAAUUCUAUCCCGUAUACGGACGAGGCACACAAGACGGAGGUCUUCACGUGCGCGAUUAUCUCGUGCUCGCGCAAUCGACAGCACCACUAUGCCUCCAGACUUUUUGAGUUGUUGCUGGAAGAUGGCGUCUAUCCGGGCGACAACGUCUGCAACGCUGCUCUUAGCUCCUGUGCACGGACUCCCGACGUGGCACAGCUUCGUCGCAUCUUCAAGCUGGUGGAGAAUCACGCUACACCUUCGACAUACUCGUACAACUGCAUGAUCUCGGCUUAUGGCAAUGCUCGCAGCAUGGAUAAAGCGCUUAAAGUCUUCGAGAGCAUGCAGAACGAAGCUACUAUCGCUCCAGAUAUCGUGACUUUCAACUCGUUGCUUCUUGCUGCAGUGCGCUCGCGAAGGCUGGAUAUGUUUCCCUUCAUUCUGUCGCUGAUUAACGAAGCUGGCAUCAAGUGGGAUGCUAUCACGCUCAACAUUCUACUGGAGGGCUGCUCUUUGAAUGGAGACAUUGAAUUGGCCCAAUAUUAUUGGUCUCAGGCCACUCAAGGCAAACAGCCCAGCGCGGAUGUGUCUUCAGAGGAUAAUCAUCAUGUUACCCUGGAUCGCGGACACUUUGAGACGCUGAUGGCGGUGUACAUCGCUGCAGGGGAUUAUCAGGCCGUCGUGGAUUUGUGGCAGAAGAGCAGGCUUUGUCGUCGUCGUGCAAAAAGCUCCAAGUCGCUCAAUUUCCUCCUUCGUGCGUGCGAGGGUCUGAAAUAUGACAAGACGGCUGUGGCGGUCCUCGCUGAGUUCGCUGAUCGUGGCCAGCCUCUCUCACCAAUUGCGCACCAGCACAUGCUGGAAGUUUUCCUUGCAGCUGACAAAUACGACGCAGCGUCGGCUUAUCUACACAAGAUGAUGGAGACGGAUGGUUUAGUGUCCACCUUCUCAUUUACCGUUCUUAUGAAGUAUCUGGCCAAGAACAAACGCCACUCGGAUGUGCUGGCGGUGUUUAAUCUGUACUUGGAAACUUGCGAGUCAAAUGACCAGAACUCGCUGCUGCAAUAUCCAACGGAUGCUGUCUACGUAUUGGCGAUGCGCUCGGCUGUGGAGCUGGAGGAUCACGAAACUGUUCUUGCGAUCUACAGCGGCUUGCCGACCACGAUGUCUAUGGCUGUUCAUACAGAACUGCUCGUGUUGGCCGUGUCGUCUUGCGAGAGUGAAGGAGAUUGGCGUGCUGCAGUCACAAUGUAUGAUGAAAUGACUGGGAGACUGGAUGAAGACACGAAUGUGGAAAUGUACAAGCACAUUGUCAAGAUUGUCGCCAGUGCUGGGGAGUUUGAUCGUGCCCUUGAUGUGGGAGGUGGCCAAUGGUAUCGACAGAAUAGACCCGACCAGGGCUGGGGGCUGUGA